AACGUUCUCUCUCAAAAAAAAAAUCGUCCAUUCUCCUACUAGCUAUCCACCAUCCGGAGCUUCUCUCUUUCGCAUCCUCUUCUUGGGUUACUCUUCCAUCUCUGUAGUUAAUUUUUCCAGCAAAUUAAUGUCUCUCCACCUGCAUGUUUUUAGCUUUGAGCAUUAAGAAGUCAGCUAAAAGCGAAGGCAUGCUUCUUAAUCCCCAGCUAUAGUUAUUUUCCAAGCCCUGUAGCUAUAGAAUUUUUACUCAAAUUUCAUUUCACAUAUGUUUUCUUUGGCUUUUUCUUCGAACUUCUGAUUUUUUUUUUUUUCAGAUCGUUAUUUGGCUUCCUCUUCUUGGGUUACUCUUCCAUCUCUGUAGUUAGUUUUUUCAGCAAAUUAAUGUCUCUCCACCUGCAUGUUUUCAGCUUUGAGCAUUUAGAAGUCAGCUAAAAGCGAAGAUUGUUAUUUGGCUUCCUCUUCUUGGGUUACUCUUCCAUCUUUGUAGUUAAUUUUUCCAGCAAAUUAAUGUCUCUCCACCUCCAUGUUUUCAGCUUUGAGCAUUAAGAAGUAAAAGCGAAGAAAAGAUCUUCCAUCCAAUGGAGUUGUUAUCUUCUGUUGGAGGUUCUGUUUUAUCUGGAACAUAUGAGGCGCUACUUUAUCAGUUGAGUGGAUGUAUAAGUGAUCAAUUGAUUGGAUAUCUAAGUGAUCAGCUACAGGAUUCAGAGGAGGAAGUACGUGCCAAGAUGGAAAGUUGGAAGGCUUUAUUGUCCAAAAUCACAGCUAUACUUCAACAUGCAGAAGAAAAUCAAGGCGCCAACAUGUUUGUGAAGUCAUAUCUUGAUGAUCUCAAGGACUUGGCUUAUGAUAUGGAGGACAUACUUGAAGAGUUUGAGAUUGCCAGGAGGUCCGAAUUGACUGCAGAACCUGAUGCUAGAGCCAACAAACGACAAAAAUUCACCUCCAAUAUCAUUAAUUUACUUACAUCUAAGGCGCCACCCAAUCAAAAGAUUGAUUCCAUGGUGAAUGAUCUGAAUGUUAGAUUGGAGCGUUUUGAAAAGGGUAUGGGUACUUUUGGCCUGUUCAAUUUGCAUAUGAGAGUUGAAGAUAGGUCCCACAAAGCAAUUGCAAAAAGACUACCUGAGUCUUCACUUCUUGAGGAUAAGGUGUUGGGUCGAGAUAGUGAUAAAGAUGCUAUUCUUCAAAGAUUGCUAGAAGAUGGAGGCAAUCUCGAACAAGACUUUGUUAUUCCUAUUGUUGGAAUGGGUGGACUAGGCAAGACAACUCUUGCUCGGCUCAUUUACAAUGAUGAAAACUUGGAAGGCAGGUUUGACAUGAAGGCAUGGGUUUAUGUUUCUGAUGAGUUUGAUGUUGCUGGAAUAACAAGAAACAUUUUAGAACAUGUUACUGAGGCAAAGCAUGAUUUUGAAAAUUUUGCUUUGCUUCAAGAGAAAUUGAAAGUGAAGUUAUCUGGGCACAAGUUUCUUCUUGUAUUAGAUGAUGUCUGGAAUAAGGAAUAUGGCCAGUGGGAUGUCUUGAAGAGACCUUUCAUGUCAGGAGCUCCUGGAAGUAGAAUAAUUGUCACAACUCGAAAUAAGGAUGUUGGGAAAAUGAUGAGAGGAGAUGAUAGAGUUUACAAUUUAGAAUUGCUGCAAGAUGAUGCUUGUUUGCCAUUAUUUACACAACAUGCACUGGGGAAAGAGAACGAGAACUUUGAUGCCCACCCAAACCUACAAGAUGUUGGUGAAAAGCUUGUUAAGACGUGCAAAAGAUUGCCACUGGCACUAAAAACACUCGGUGGCGUCUUGCGGGGAAAACUGUGUCGUGAUGAGUGGGAAAGUAUAUUAAAUAGUGAGAUAUGGAGUUCAUCAGAAGAUCAAAGUGGAAUUCUUCCUGCUCUGAGAUUGAGCUACAAUCAUCUUCCUUCUCACUUGAAGCGAUGCUUUGCUUAUUGUGCUUUGUUCCCUACAGACUAUGAAUUUGAUGAAAUGGAGUUGAUCCGAUUAUGGAAGGCUGAGGGCCUAUUACAUGGAAAGAAGCAAAUGGAAGUUGGUAAACAAUAUUUCCAGGAGUUGUUAUCGAGAUCACUCUUUCAACCGUCAAGCAGAGUUGAAUCGCGGUUUGUGAUGCAUGACCUCAUAAAUGAUUUGGCUAUACAUGUUGCUGGAGAAAUACAUUGCAAUCUUGAACGUAGUAUGGGUGAUGGAAAAUUAGAGAAAGCCCGUCAUUUGUCAUUCACUCCACAAUACUCUGAAUUCUCAAAAAGAUUCAAAGUCUUGAAAGAAUUGAAGCAUUUGAGAACAUUCUUAUCAUUAAGAGCACCCAAUAACUACUAUUUUUCCUCUUUGCCUAACAGAAUCUUGCAUGAGAUCUUGCCAACUUUCAAUCGCUUAAGAGUGCUAUCUCUUUGCAAAUAUGAGAUAAGUAAGCUACCAGAUUUUGUUGAAAAGUUGAAACAUAUCCGAUACAUUGAUUUGUCUCGAACAAAAAUUGAAUAUUUACCUGAUUCAGUGGGUUCUUUUCUCUUCUUGCAAACAUUGUUAUUAUCUAGUUGUGAAAAGCUUACUAAGUUGCCUACAACAGUUGGAGAUCUAAGUGAUCUCCAUUGUCUUGAUAUCACUGGAACACAUUCUUUAAAGGAGAUGCCAUCAGGAAUAGGCAAUCUUAAAAAUCUUGUAACACUGUCCAAAUUUAUUGUGGGGAAGGCAAGUGAAAUGAUGUUGAGAUUAUCUACUUUGAAGAACUUGUCACAACUUCGAGGAAGACUAUCUAUUCUAGAUCUGGAAAAUGUUUUGCAUGUUCAAGAUGCUGUGGAGGCCAAUCUAGACAAGAUCCACGGUUUGGAAGAGUUAGUCUUGGAGUGGGGGCAGAUUGCUCCUUUUAACGAUGAAGAUGAAUCAAUCCAAAUGAAAGUCUUCAGCUGGUUAAAACCUCAUUCAAAUUUGAAAAGUCUUGAGAUUUCUUGCUAUGGUGGAAAAAGUUUCCCAAUCUGGGUUUGUGAUCCAUCCUUAUUUUUGAAUUUAUCAUCCAUGGAGCUCAGGCAUUGUGGUAGAUGCACUUCGUUACCAUCACUCGGCCUACUACCUGUUCUCAAAAAAUUAUUUAUUAUAGGCAUGAAGGCAAUAGAAGCUGUAGGUUCUGAGUUUUAUGGGAAACAAGGCUGUUUUCCAUCACUAGAGGAACUAGCAUUUGCAGGCAUGGAAAAUUGGAAGGAAUGGACUUCUCCAAAUGGACGUGAAGGUGAAUUCCCUUGUCUUCGUAGGCUUAUGAUUAAUGGUUGCCCUAAGUUAGGCCUAUUACCUAGCAACCUUUCUUCACUUAAAGAGUUGUCUGUUUAUUGGAACAAUGCAAUGCUACCUAACAACCUUUCUUCACCUAAAGAGUUGCUUGUUUAUUGGUGCAAUGAAAUGCUACCUAACAACCUUUCUUCACUUAAAGAGUUGGAUGUUGUUGGCUGCAAUGUGAUGCUACCUAACAACCUUUCUUCACUUAAAGAGUUGGAUGUUGCUGGCUGCAAUGCGAUGCUUUUAAAGAGUGUUGUUAAUCUUACUUCACUCACUAAAUUUAGAAUUCAGAAUAUUUCAAAGCUAACUUGCUUGCCAAAGAGUUUUGUUCAAUCCUUGACAACAGUUGAGACUCUGUCUAUUGAAUCCUGCAAGGAUCUUACUUGUCUGUGGGAGGAAGGGGCAAAAAUAGAACAAAACCUCUUGCCUUUCAAUCUUAAGCAUCUUACCCUUCGGAAAUGUAUAGCUUUGAAGUCAUUACCCGAUGCAAUUAUGAUGAGGAUGGAUGAAAGCAGCUGCAGCAACAGUAGUAUGGUGAUGUUGAGAUUGGAAAGUUUGAAAAUUGAUGGUUGUCCUUCUCUCAAGUCUUUUCCAAGAGGCAAAUUACCCAUCUCGCUUAAACGUUUGGAAAUAAAGGGCUGUAAAAGUCUUGAGUCUCUACCGGAUGUUGAUGGUGACAAUAAUAAUAGCAAUCUACAGUUGGAAAUAGCAAAUGUUCCAUGCUUGUAUUCUUCUGAGAAUUGUGACCAGCCACCGGCUUUUCUCAAGAAAUUUGGAGUUAGUAAAUGCGACUGGUUGGAAUCAUUUCCAGAGAGGAUGCUGCAGCGUUGUACGGGACUCCAAUCUCUUAGUAUUCACAGCUGUAAAAUAUUGAGAAGUUUACCCACCUUUGAUUGCGUCAGCAAUCUCGUUGAAUUAUCUAUUCAGAACUGUGAAGCUUUAGGGUCAUUGCCAGAAGAGUUGGGAUCAUGCACCCCCAAUCUAAAGGAUUUGAAAAUAAUCAGCUGUAAGAAUUUGAAAUCCCUCCCAAAUACGAUGCAUAAGCUGGAAUCUCUUGGAAGGCUAGAGAUGAGAGACUGUCCCGGCAUCGAGUUCAUUCCAGAUGGGGGUUUGCCCCUAAACUUAACAGAUCUUGACUUGUGGGGUAGGAAUCUCAAGCGGUUGCCGAAUACAAUGUACCAGCUCACAUCGCUUCAGCGUCUAAGAGUCGCAGGUGGGGCUUUGAUGUCUCUUGAACGGUUGACAAUUGAGCAAAAAUUCCCUCAAGAUAUUGUGCUGCCUUCUUCUUUAACCUGGCUUCGGUUGGAUUCUGGAGAAAAUUUGGAAUCCAUACCUCGAGGGCUCUUCCUAAACCUAAGCUCCCUUCAAAAGUUAUGGAUACAUAACUGCCCAAAGCUACAAUCUUUGCCGAGGGAAGCCUUCCCUCCCUCGCUUGGGGAACUAUUCAUCUGCGGGUGUCCGCAUCUAAAACGACCGCGCUUUGAGGAGAAAGGAGACUAUUGGACUCUCACAUGGAGCAUCCCAAAGGAUGAUGAGUCAGAAAUGAAUGAUCCAACUUUGUACUGUGUUCCCUCUGUAUUCAUCCUAAGUCACAUCCAAGAUUGCAGCACAAACACUGCUGCUUUAUCCGCUGCUUUACCUAAGAAUGGGUUGACUUGGAAAGCAGCUUCAAGAUCUAACAAGUUGAUGAAAAAUGGUGGUGUUCACAAAUCUAUCAUAGUUGUUGGCUUGCAGCUAUAAUCUUCUACCCUCCAAAGAAUGCCCUCUUUGGACAUGGAUUUUCUUUGAGUUUCUCUAGUAACUUCCCUUGAUCAAUUCCCUAAAUCAAGGACAAUUCGAGGAUAUAUAUAAAGGUGGAUGGAGUAAAGCUUCGAGGCAGCAUUAUGCACAAAUCAUUUCGAGGAUUCUUGUGUUGUAUCUAUCCAUCCAUCUGGUGUUAAGAAAACUCUUCAUGAACGCAUAAAUGAACUGCAUGGAGCUGGGACUUUGGAUGUAACAAGUCAGUGCAGCUUUGAAUAACAGCUGGUGGCUGGUUUUGAUCAACAUUGCAAAAACAGUGCAGGGACUGUGAGAGUGAGUUGCAACAGCAACAGGAAGGUUAGUAGAGGAGUCAUGGUUCUACUCAAUGUCAACAGUGAUUUGGUCUCCAAUUCCUCUUGGUACACAAUCAGCACACUUUAUGAGAUUCCCAAUUUGAUUGGAGAUUUUGACUUCUAGCUUUAUUUUGGUGAUGAUUAAGACAUUAGUGAUCCAACAAUUUUAUUUUUAAU